UUGAAAAGAAAAUGGAUGACUAGCCUUCAGCUUCCAUUCUUGGUACACAUGAGAGAAACUGGCUGCUGAGAUGAAUGUGAACCAGGUUGCGGAGAGCCUUCUGGCUUUGAGCCAACAGGAAGAAUUAGUGGAUUUGCCAAAAAACUGCCCCUUGAGUGAGAAUGAAGAUGAUGGGGACAGUGAUGGAGAGAGAAAGCAUCAAAAACUUCUGGAAGCAAUCAGUUCCCUUGAUGGAAAGAAUAGGGGGAGAUUGGCUGAGAGGUCUGAGGCUAGUCUGAAAGUGUCAGAGUUCAAUGUCAGUUCUGAAGGAUCAGGAGAAAAGCUGGUCCUUGCAGAUCUGCUUGAGCUUGUUAAAACUUCUUCUUUGGCCACUGUGAAAAAGCAACUGAAUAGAGUCAAAUCAAGGAAGGUGGUGGAGUUACCUCUUAACAAAGAAAAGAUUGAACAGAUCCACAGAGAAGUAGCAUUCAGUAAAACCUCACGAGUCCUCUCUAAAUGGGACUCUAUCGUCCUGAAGAACCAGCAGGCAGAGCAGCUGGCUUUUCCCCUGGGGAGGGAGCGGCCAGCCAUUGCUCCCAUUGAACAUGCGCUCAGUGGCUGGAAGGCAAGAACUCCCCUGGAGCAGGAAAUUUUUAACCUCCUCCAUAAGAACAAGCGGCCAGUAACAGACCCUUUACUGACUCCCAUGGAAAAGGCCUCUCUCCGAGCCAUGAGCCUGGAAGAGGCAAAGAUGCACCGAGCAGAGCUUCAGAGGGCUCGGGCUCUGCAGUCCUACUAUGAGGCCAAGGCUCGAAGAGAGAAGAAAAUCAAAAGUAAAAAGUAUCACAAAGUCGUGAAGAAAGGUAAAGCCAGGAAAGCCUCAAAGGAGUUGGAGCAGCUGCAGAAGGUUAAUCCAACUGUGGCAUUGGAAGAACUGGAAAAAUUUGAAAAUGCCAGAAUGAUGGAAAGAAUGAGCCUUAAGCACCAAAACAGUGGGAAAUGGGCCAAGUCAAAGGCAAUUAUGGCAAAAUAUGACCUGGAGGCUCGCCAAGCUAUGCAGAAACAGUUGGCCAAGAACAAAGAACUGACACAGAAACUCCAGGUAGCCUCUGAGAUUGAGGAAGAGAAGGGAUGCACAGAAGAAGUGGAAGAACUCCUUGUCCCCCAUGUAGUGAAUGAAGUGCAGAUGAAUGUGGACGGACCGAAUCCCUGGAUGCUCAGAAACUGCACCAGUGACACCAGAGAGGCUGCAACACAGGAGGACCCUGAGCAACUGCCAGAGCCUGCAACUCAUGAGGUUUCUGAAAGUGAGGGAGAAGAAAGACCAGUGGCAGAGGAAGAAAUUUUGUUGAGAGACUUUGAAGAGAGGCGAUCCCUUAGAAAAAGAUCGGAGCUCAACCAGGAUGCUGAGCCAGCAGGCAUUCAAGAAACAAAAGAUUCUAGCAGCCAGGAGGUGCUGUCUGAAUUGAGGGCACUAUCUCAGAAAUUGAAGGAAAACCAUCAGUCCAGGAAGCAAAAAGCAAGUUCAGAAGGGACUGUUCCCCAGGUCCAGAGAGAGGAACCUGCCCCAGAAGAAGAGGCGCCCCUGUUGCUACAGAGGCCAGAGAGAGUACAAACUCUGGAAGAGCUAGAAGGGCUGGGAAAAGAAGACUGUUUUCAAAAUAAGGAGAUUCCCAGACCUGUGUUAGAAGGGCAGCAGUCAGAGAGGACCCCAAAUAAUCGGCCUGACGCCCCUAAGGAGAAGAAAGAGAAGGAGCAACUGAUCGACCUACAGAACCUCCUAACCACACAGUCUCCUUCCGUGAGGUCUUUGGCAGUUCCCACAACAAUAGAGGAGCUGGAAGAUGAAGAGGAGAGAGACCAAAGGCAGAUGAUAAAGGAAGCUUUUGCUGGAGAUGAUGUCAUCAGAAAUUUCUUGAAAGAGAAGAGAGAAGCUGUGGAGGCGAGUAAGCCAAAGGACGUGGACCUGACACUACCUGGCUGGGGCGAGUGGGGUGGUGUGGGCCUAAAGCCUAGUACCAAGAAAAGACGCCAGUUUCUCAAAGCCCCUGAGGGUCCUCCAAGAAAAGAUAAGAAUUUGCCAAAUGUGAUUAUCAGUGAGAAGCGCAACAUCCACACAGCAGCUCAUCGGGUACAAGUGCUUCCGUAUCCAUUUACCCACCAUCGGCAAUUUGAAAGGACCAUCCAGACCCCUGUAGGAUCCACAUGGAACACCCAGAGGGCUUUCCAAAAGCUGACUACUCCCAAGGUCGUCACCAAGCCAGGUCAUAUCAUUAAGCCCAUAAAAGCAGAGGAUGUGGGCUACCAGUCUUCCUCAAGGUCAGACCUGUCUGUCAUACAGUGGAAUCCAAAACGAAUCACCACACGUCACAAUAAAGAGCUGAAGAAAAACUCUGUAGGUUGAGUAGCUGGAAAAGUAACAGCCAGGAGUCCUGAUUCUACUUCCUUUGGUCCAGUUUUACUCUGCUACAGGGUGGAUUCCAAAACUGGCUCAGCACGUUGCAUGUAGUUGAGCCACAUUUUUAAAAAAAGAAAAUGGAUGACCAUUAAUUGACUAGCAUUUUAGAAUUGAUCAGACAUUAGAACACAGAAAAAUUCUGGUACAUUUACAUUCUAAACAAUACAGUGGAUGACCCUUUUGAAUAUACCUAAUGAUUUCCUUAAAAAAGAAAUUUUAAACAGACUUGUGUAAUCGUGUUCUCAAAGCAUACAGUCAAGAAGUGGGACUGACUGAUGCUUUAUAGGUGUGUGUAGGGCAGUAGAGGCCAAGGUGCUGCCAGCAGUCCUUUCCAUACUAGGUACUGGUGAAAAUUGUUUCUGUUUAGUGCUGUCAGCACAUUUGUGUGGGUCUCAUUAUCCCUUGAGAGUACCGCAUCUCAGCCUGGAAGUCAGGUUUAAGUCAUUCAAGAGAACCUCAAGUUGUUUUUCUGACAGUGAUGAUGUGAUAUACAGAUACAUCCACAGGGUAUCUAUUACCAGCAUAAUGCAUUGUAAGAUGGCAAGGUGGCAUUUUGAAAAGAGCACUGGGCAAGCAGUUAGCAUAUCUGGGCCUACCUUCAGCUUCAUCAUUUACAAACUUCUGACCUUUUGACACUAAAACUGCUCCUUUAUCUUUCUGAGUCUCAGAUUCUUCAUCUGUAAUCUGGAGUUGUUAAUUCCAGUCCUUACUACCUUUUGGAGUUGGAAUAAUGAGAUGGAAAGUGGAUGAAAGUACUUUGAAAAUUAUGACAGUUAAGGGCCAGGCACAGUGGCUCACGCCUGUAAUCCCAACACCUUGGGAGGCCAAGGCAGGUGGAUCAUGAGGUCAGCAGUUAGAGACCAGCCUGAACAACAUGGUGAAACCCUGUCUAUACUAAAAAUACAAAAAAAGUAGCUGGGUCUGGUGGUGGGUGCCUGUAAUCCCAGCUACUUGAGAGGCUGAGGCAGGAGAAUCACUUGAAACCGGAAGGCAGAGGUUGCAGUAAGCCAAGAUUGUGCCAGUGCACUCUAGCCUGGACAAUAAGCAAAACUCUGUCUCAAAAAAAAAAAAAAAAAAAAAAAUUAUGACAGUUACUUAAAGGGAGCAUUACAUACUAAAUGUCUUCUAUAAUCCUAUCUUUAUUAAUGCAUUACAACUCGAUGUAGAUUCUUAGUUACUAGGCCAGUAGCUAGGAAUUGGUAUAAAUUUAAUGCACCUUCUAUCCUGAAUAACUAGCAUGGAAAAUUGAAUAUAUGUGUGAGCAGAUACAGCUGUAAAAAUCUAUAGCUUUUGCAUUUUCUGCAUAUAUAAUCCUUUCUAGUUCAGUGAACUGACCCCAUCCAUAGCCUAAUUCAUCUCUGUGUUAAGGGGCAAAUGAAAGGGUACAUUAUUCCUUUACACUCUUCUCUCAGUCAUUCAUCAAUGUGGCCAGCUUAUCUACUCCCAGUUAUGUUAUUCAUACGUCUCCAGGCCAUCUGUCAUCAGAUCAAAAAGCAAACAGAAGACCAGUCACAGAUGUUCUGACACACCAUUGUAACUUUGUAUUAGAGAUAAUUCCAUUUAGAAAAAGACGGGUAGAAAUUGGAGUGAAAGGAACACUACAGAUCAGCCCAGUUCUCUCUAAUUUUCAGCUUUACAGACCAGAACAAUUUAAAGAAUUUAGUAGACUCCUUCAGUGUCACAAAGCUGUUCCAUGAAAGAAUCAAGAUUAUAACCUGGAUAUUCUGACUCCUGGCCCAGUGCUUUUUCUUACUUUGUAGCUACACUUUGAAGUAAGAUUCAAACUGUUAUCCACUCAAUUGCCUUAUUCCUGAGGAGGUAGUGAAGGAAGAAAAAGUUUUCUGGGAUUCCAUAAACUAUAAGCUUAUUUCUUUAAAAUUAUUUUCAUACAUCACAGAUAUGUCAUUGGAAGAUAUAAUUUGCAUAUAUGUUGAUUAUCAGUGUUCGUAAUGUGGUAUAUGUCUUCUAUUUUUUUCUGAAUGAUAGCGUGAAAAGUGUCAAAGUGGCUUGUCCGCUAGCGUCUGUCUGCAGAACUUUCAGGAUGACUAUUCCUCUCAGACAUCAUUUUUGAGUGGUCCAAGCCUGCUAUGUUUUGAACCCACAGCAGUGGAGAUUUGUAUUCUUAUUUACAGUUGUGUACUAUAAAGUAUAUGUUACAUAGGUCUUGUGUAAUUAUUAUUUGUAAAUAUGAUUUAAUUUGUAUUUAGACAUGAUUUAGAUCUAAUAGAUACAAAGUCUGUGUCUAAAUAUUAUUUAAAGAAGUGACUUUUCAUUCUCUUGGAUUGUUUCCUUUUAUAUGCCUCACAUAGUCUCCUUGUUCUACUAAUAUUCCCAAGCUCCAUGUGCCAAUUAAAGAAGAAA